AUGGCGGAAGGAGGGGUGCCCGAACUUCCGAGUCAAGAGGGCGGCCUGAAGUCUUACAGUCCACGCCGGGACUUCUUAUUCACCAGUGAGCCGAGGGCAUACACUCCCUUGGACGGCACAGGAAGGCUACGAUCCAAGGAGCGUGUGUUUCUUGAGGCGGUGGAGAGAGGAGACAAGGCGACCGUGGGGAGAUGUCUCCAGCCUCCUCAUCCGGUCAACGUCAACGUCACUUCCGGCCUGGGCCGCAGCGCCCUGACCACGGCAGUCACCAUGGAGAACGCUGAGAUAGUAGAACUUCUCCUGAAGCAGGAUGGCAUCAGGAUCGGAAGCGCGUUACUGCAUGCCAUCCGGGAGGGUGUGUAUCGUAUCGUGGAGAUGAUGGUCAACCACUCUAGUAUGACGCCUGCUAUGCUGGGUGCUGGGUGGAGCUGUGUGAGUCCUGACUGUGAAGAUUUCUCCCCCUGCGUGAGUCCCGUCAUCCUGGCCGCGCAACUCAACCAGUUCCAGAUCCUACAGCUGCUGCUGUCACAGGGCGCUACCAUCUCAGACCCGCAUAUGCCAGGCUGCCACUGUAGGGGGUGUACAGACAGCAAUAAGAACGACAGCCUUCGCUACUCUAUUGUCCGGAUGGAAACCUAUCGGGCCCUGGCGUCGCCAUCUUGGAUCUCGCUGACGUCAUCAGACCCCAUCCUGACGGCGUUCAAGCUCAGUUGGGAUUUGCGUCACCUAGCGACUAAUGAGAGGGAAUUUAAAGAAUCGUAUCUGAACUUGGCGGAGCAGUGUCGGAAGUACCCUGUAGAGCUGCUGGACCAGUGCCGCAGCUCCGUGGAGCUCAACACCAUCCUGAACCAGGAGAACGCAGAGGAUGACGGGAUAGAUGAGGACCAUCAGGGACCCAGUCUGUACCGUCUGAAGCUGGCGCUCAAGUACGAACAAAAACAGUUCGUAGCCCACCCCCAUUGUCAGCAGCUCCUCACAGCCAUGUGGCAUGACGGCCUGCCCGGCUGGCGCAGGCGUAGUGUGCUCGCCAAGCUGCUGGUGGUGAUGACGCUGAUGACGUUGAUGCCGAUCGUGGCGGUGUGUUACGUCAUCUCCCCGCGAAGCCGCAUGGGAAGGUUCAUGCGCUACCCCUUCAUCAAGUUUGUCAGCCAAGCGGGUUCGUUCGCGGUGUUCCUGAUCCUGCUGACCAUGGCCUCCCCCCGGGAAGAGAACAUGACCAACAGGCGCGGCCCGCCGCCAUCCACCGUGGAAGUCCUCAUCGUCUUCUACGUAGCAGGUCUGGUAUGGAGCGAGUGUAAGCAGCUGUGGAACCUAGGUCUGUAUCUGUUCAUCAGGGACUACUGGAACUGGUUGGACUUCAUCAUGAACUCACUCUACCUGGCAACCAUAUCCCUCCGCGUGGUCGCCUACGUCAGAGUCACCACAGGAAUGGACGUCCCCAUGGCAACGGAGCGGAAGAACUGGCCGUCGGACGAUCCCACUCUCAUCUCGGAGGGGUUGUUUGCCGUGGCCAACGUCUUCAGCUUCUUCCGUGUCAUCUAUCUAUUUCAGACCAACCCCCACCUCGGCCCGCUGCAGAUCACGCUGGGCUGCAUGCUGCUGGACAUCGGCAAGUUCCUGUCGGUGUUCUUCCUCAUCAUGGCGUCGUUCGCCGUGGGGUUCAGCCAGCUGUACGGCUUCUACAGGGACACGGAGGUGUGUGAGGGGGAGGGAGGGCGGAGGACCUGUCAGGGGAACCCCACUGAGUUUCUGACGUUUGACGCGGCUUUCCUGACGCUGUUCUGGUCGCUGUUUAAACUGAUCGGUCAGGAGGCGUUAGACAUGCAGGAGAAGAACGCGUUCCUGGUGUCCACCGGCUCCCUGCUGCUCGGGGCUUACCAGAUCGCCGCCGUGGUCAUCCUGCUCAACCAGCUCAUCGCCACCAUGACGGACUCUUACCAGGACAUAGACGCUCACGCCGACAUGGAAUGGAAGUACGCGAGAACCAAACUUUGGUUGAGCUACUUCGAUGACGGGACCACCUUACCCCCUCCAUACAACAUCAUCGUCACGCCUAAGUCAAUCUACUACUUUCUAAAGGAGGACGGCCCAAGAGAGAAAGAAAGAGGCGAGGACACGUGGGGAAAAUAUCAGUCUGUCCUGAAGCGGCUGGUCCGUCGCUACAUCCAUCACUACAAGUCUCAGCAAACGGAAAAGGUCGCUGAUGACAUCAUAGCUGAGAUUAAACAGGACUUCUCCAGUCUCAGGUUUGAGAUGCGAGAGUACAGGAGGAAGGACGCCAGCCGGGAAGCCGUUCAGACGCAGUUCCUGCGGGACAUUACCGCUGAGAUCCGCAAGGCGGCAGCUGUGAGCAGGCAAGCUGGUCCUGUUACCGAGGAAACAGCGUCUGCACGUCCGCUCGAGCCGCCAGGUGGCGCCCGUGCUUUACACGGGACUGACAGGGUUGGCCGGAUGCGCCGGAAACUCGCGCCUAAGCUGCGAGAUGACCUCUACCGGAUGUUACGUCAAACACUCUCAGAGCAGGUGGGCGAAGAGGUCUCCCGGGAUGUUACGUCACAUCCGUUAUACCCGGCAUCCUCUGCGGGACCACCACCGAGACAGCUUUAG